CAUGCAGCCGCCAGGCGCCAAAAUUUGAGUUUCUGCAGAGUCAGUCUACUAUAUUAGAGAUUCUCUGGUUUCUGGUACCAUAACACCUCUGUGGUUCUUCGCAGCGACAGCACAAAACAGCCGCCAAACUAAAAAACGCACAAAAUGCCUGCUAACUCAGAAAUUCACGACGCAGAGCCGUGCAGGGAGGACGGCAGCGGGAGGGCAGAGGAGGUCCCGGCGGAGAGGAGCAGCUACUCGCUUUUCUGUGAUGAACGCGGCUACCUGGAACAGAUUCGCUACAUACUGGAGCACGGCCACCGCAAGGGAGACCGCACCGGCACCGGCGUCGUCUCCGUCUUCGGCUCCCAGGCCAGAUACAACCUCCGAGGCCAAUUUCCUUUGCUAACGACUAAGAAAGUGUUUUGGAAAGGCAUUGUUGAAGAACUGCUGUGGUUUAUCAAGGGUUCAACAAAUUCCAAGGAGCUGUCAGAGAGAGGGGUGAAGAUUUGGGAUGCCAACGGGUCCCGGGAUUUCCUGGACAAGAGCGGCUUCAAGGACAGAGAGGAGGGCGACCUGGGACCUGUGUAUGGUUUCCAGUGGAGGCACUUUGGUGCAGAGUACAAAAACAUGCAUGCAGAUUACACAGGACAAGGUGUUGACCAGCUGCAGAAAGUCAUCGACGCCAUCAAAGCAAACCCGGAGGACAGACGGAUCAUCAUGUGUGCUUGGAAUGCCAAAGACCUGCCCCUCAUGGCGCUGCCCCCCUGUCACACCCUCUGCCAAUUCUAUGUGUGUGAUGGAGAGCUGUCAUGCCAGCUGUACCAGCGCUCAGGCGAUAUGGGCCUGGGGAUUCCCUUCAACAUUGCCAGCUAUGCCCUUCUCACAUACAUGAUCGCACACGUUACAGGACUGAAGACUGGUGACUUUGUUCACACCCUGGGAGAUGCUCAUGUGUACAUCAACCACAUUGAACCCCUCAAAAUACAGCUGGAGAGGGAAAUCCGGCCGUUCCCCAAGCUGAAGAUCCUCAGGAAAGUGGAGAACAUAGAUGACUUCCAAGCAGAGGACUUUGAGAUCUGUGACUAUAACCCACAUCCUGCCAUCAAAAUGCAGAUGGCUGUUUAAAUUCCCAACCUUGAGUCUGUUACAGAGAAAUAUUCAUAGAAUGGAAAGGGCUUAGAGCUUAAACAUCAUAGGUCUCUUUCAUGCACAUUUUUUACCAAGAAUAUAAAUAAAGAUUAUUUUUUUAGCUGUGAAUCAUAUAGUUUCCUCUCUCAGUACCCAUUCAUUUGAGACUGAGAGAAAAUCUGUUUCUACAUUUGGGUGGUGGGAUGUGCCUGCAGUUGCAAGUUGAUUAUUAAAGGUACAACACAACUUAACAGUCACUUGAAAUUUUUAGCCAGAAAAUCUGUUUAUUAUGUCCUUGUUUCUUUGUGUCAUCAAUGUCAAAAUCUGUAAAUAAGAAGUCUGUAUUUGUUUUUUUUUCCUUUCUUUUUCUUUUUUUGUACAGAUGAUUUCCUCUCAGGAGGAACACACUAACAACAAACCAUUUGUUCAUUCACUGUCUGACAUUAAAAGUGCCACUAUUUAACAUUCA